GAGGCCCAGGUUAAAUUUGUUUGUCCGAGACUCCAAGAUACUAGUCGACUGCCUACGUACGUGCUGACGGAUUUGAGAGAAGCAUCCAACUGCAAUCAACCACACCACAUCCACAUCCACGAACAUCGAUCUGACACAUCUCAUCUCGAUCCAUCCAGCUCGCUUCGAUCGCCGGCCCGGCCGGUCUCGGCCGGCAGCAAUGUCCACCACGGAAGAAGCCGCUGGUGGCUACGACGACUACGACCGCCUGAGCGAGCUGAAGGCGUUCGACGACACCAAGGCCGGCGUCAAGGGCCUCGUGGACGCCGGCGUCACGACCGUCCCCGCCAUCUUCCGCCGCCACCGCCAGGACGUGCCGCCGCAGGUAUCGUCCUCUAGCAGCAGCAGCAGCAGCAGCACUGUUAGCUCGAUCCCGGUCAUCGACCUCUCGGCGGCGGACGCAGACGCAGCCACGCGGGAGCAUGUGGUCGCGCAGGUGAAGGCCGCGGCGGAGACGGUGGGGUUCUUCCAGCUGGUGAACCACGGCGUCCCCGGCGAGCUCCUGUCGGAGAUGCUGGCGUCGGUGAGGCGGUUCAACGAGGCGUCCCCAGUGACGAAGCGUCCCUACUACACGCGGGACGCCCGGCGGAAGCUGCGGUUCAACUCCAACUUCGACCUGUUCCAGUCGCCGGCGGCCAACUGGCGCGACACGCUCUUCUGCGAGGCGGCGCCGGAGCCGCCGCGUGCCGAGGAGCUGCCGCCCGCCGUGAGGCGCGUGUUCCUGGAGUACGGCGGCGCGGCGCGGGAGGUGGCGGCGCGGGUGCUGGCGCUGCUGUCGGAGGCCCUGGCGCUGGCGCCCGGGCACCUCGCCGGGAUGGGGUGCGCCGAGGGCCUCAGCCUGGUGUGCAACUACUACCCGCCGUGCCCGGAGCCGGACCUCACCAUGGGGUGCAGCGCGCACUCGGACCCCAGCUUCCUGACCGUGCUGCUCCAGGACGCGCACGCGGGGGGAGGACUGCAGGCGCUGCUCGAGGACAGGUGGGUGGACGUGCCUCCGGCGGUGCCCGGCGGCGCGCUACUGGUGAACGUCGGCGACCUCCUCCAGCUGGUCAGCAACGGGCGGUUCAGGAGCGUGGAGCACCGGGUGGUGGCCAACCGGAGCAGGGACACGGCGAGGGUGUCAGUGGCGUGCUUCUUCAACGCGGACAUCGCGAGGUCCACGAGGCUGUAUGGACCCAUCGCGGAGCUCGUCACCUCGGACGACGGCGACGGCGACGGCGAUGGCGCGGGAAGUGGAAGGGCGCUGUACAGGAGCGUGACGGUCCCGGAGUUCCUGGCGCACUACGACAAGAAAGGCCUCGACGGUCGCCCGGCGCUCCACCACUUCCUGCUGAAGCAAUAAUUCAUUCACAUCGCAUCAGUCCUGUGAUGUGAUGUAACUGUAGCCUACUCCGGUACAAUAAUCGAAGCAAAUAACCCUCCAUUUCUAAUGAUAAA